AUGCAAGAACCAAAUAUCCCAGACCAUGAUAAAUAUUGGGCCGACAACGAAGAGCUGCAAGGCAGAAUAAGGAAUUACCAUGAUUGGGCCCAAUCUAUCCUCAAUAAGACUGAAAGCCGUCUAUUUGGUCCGGAAAUCAGACAUCCAUGGAUGAAGAAUGAGCAUGACUUGAAAUCGAGGAUCAGCAUCUUCCAGCUUGAAGGCGAAUAUUGCUGCGAAGGUGGUUGCAAGUUUGAAGAGGCAAGAGAUAUGCUCAAGCAUUGGAAAGAUACACCAAAAGAUGGCUCAUCCGAAUCCAUCAACCGACGCGUGAUCCUAGUUGAGGGCAUGCAUCCUAGAGUUAUAGAACUUUUGGGCGUUCUUUUGAAAAUUCCCCCUCAUUUUUUCCUGGCCCAUUGCAGCGAAUGGGUAGAUCUUCAGUUCAUCGAUGCUGCGUAUUCAAAACAAGACGGCUCAACCUACUGGAAAGUUCCGAUACCAUGUCGACUGUCCAUUCCAAAGGGAUUGAGCCCGGGGAACUACCUCUUCGAGGUGGCAGCACUCUCCCGAGGCGAAAUUGAAGUUGAACAAGACACCACGGACGUUGAAUUUCGGAAAUUUGUGUCAUAUUGGGGCGCCAAGCACGGAUCUGGAUCUUGGACUGGUACGUAA